UGCAUCUAUCAAUACGUGCUACUUCCACAAUUCACAUGGCAGAUGCAUGAAGUCAGACGACCACAGAAUGGCAAACAGCAGUCGGACAUUUUCUGACGUGAGGAACGUGAUCCUGUCUGCCCAUAAAAACACAGGGGCCCAGGAUAAGGUCGGCUUCUAUGACACCUGGGCUGAGAACUAUGAGCAGGAUGUAGCGCUGCUGGAUUACCGCGCCCCCUUGUUAGCUGCUGAGUGUGUGAGCUCAUUUUUCAGAGGUGACAGAGAGAAGGCCGCUGUCCUAGAUGUGGCCUGUGGAACAGGCCUGGUCUCUGCACAUAUGAGGAAAAUAGGAUUUCAUCACUUUGUUGGAAUAGAUGGAAGUUUGAAGAUGCUGGAGGUCGCAAAGAAAACUGGACUUUAUCAGCAGCUUACGCAAUGCCUCCUCGGUCAAGAUGAAAUUCCUGUUGAAGCUGAAACAUAUGAUAUUGUUAUAAUUGUUGGAGCUCUGAGUGUUGGACAGGUGCCUUUGACAGUCAUCAGAGAGCUCUGGGAUGUUACAAAACCAGGCGGCUAUGUGUGCAUGACUACAAGAGGGAACACUGAUAACCAGGAGUACAAGGCUGAGCUGGAGCAACUGAUCAGAGCACUCGAGGAGGAGCAGAAAUGGAGCCGUGUGACUGUAGUUGAGGUGGAGGAGUGGGAGAAGGCCGUUUCAGAACAGGACAGCGGGUACAUCCCAGGCGCCAUUUAUUUGUAUCAGAAAAGUUAAAGAAGAGCAAUCAUUGAUUUUAGGACUGCACAAGUUCAACCCAGUGACCAAAUAUUCUCAAUAAUCCAUACAGCUAUUCUUAUUCCACCACCAGGUGGUGGUAUUUUUUCAGAAAUUAUCAUUAGUAUCACUUGUUUUUAAAACAAGUUUGUUCCAAAGAGAAGCUCCUGACAAGAGAAAAGUUGAAAACAUGAUGUCUCUGUUUGUUUUGUCACCAGAUUAUUUCACCUGGCACUGGUGCACAGUGCAGUCAUUUGAAAAAAUGUAAGGUUUUUGUUCAAGUAAAGUCCAUGAACCUAAAGGAUUUUGUGAGAAAAUAUCUAAGGUGUGUGGUUACAGAUCUGCCAUUCCCCAGUUACAUCUAACCUUUCGGUUUGCCACUCCUCGAUACUCCGACCGCUAAACUUUUGAAACUGCCAUCUCCACAGGUUUCAUGUGACAAAAAUAAAGCACACAAACAGAGAGUGCGCAUUAUGAAUAAGAAUAUUUUAAGAAAAUUUCUAGUUUAAAAGGCUGUUGUUGAAAUCCAAUGUCAUGAUUUUUAUUAGUGUUAUGAUAUGUUAAAUAAACAUCAAUACCUAA